UCACUUCACCCCCGCUAUCAGCUUAUACGGCUGUUCGCCUCCUCUAUCCAAAGCCAUCGCUUGUCCUUGCUCAAGCUAUCGACGCAUAAUUCAAGAUGACUAUCGCUGGAAAGUACCAGAGGUUUCUGAACAGCCCUUCGGCGGACGCGCUGUCAGACAAGGCCUCGCUCAACUACAUCACGACCCUCACGACAAUAAAUGAGCCGCUGCCAAUCCUGAAGCACUUCGUCGGCCAGAGCAAGCUUUUGGAGAAGAAGAGCGAGAAGUUUCUUAGCACAAUCGACAGCGGUAGUGCCCUUUGCGCCGAUGUCGAGACCACCAUCGAGUUCAAGAACGGUGGUGGCGCGUACUUACCUGGACUAGACGAUAAUUUCUUGUCUGACCGCGUCGCAACAUUCCCAGUGGUUCACAUCGUACACUUUGACGAGCAACAGAAGAUCACCCAGAUCCGUCAGUACUGGGACCAGGGAGCGCUGCUGAAGCAGAUUGAGAUUAUUGGUGCCCGUGGAAAGAAUUGGCCUAUCAAGGAAAGCAAAGAUCAGAUCAAGUUGAUUGCGAACAGCGCUUCCCUCACACCCCAGGCUUUAAUUGACAACUCGCGUCCCUCUACGAGCUCCUCCGAUGCCAUGAGCAAUUCACAAAGACCUACCUCGAGCAGGAGCGCCACGAGAGGUGAUCCUCAUGCUAGUUUGAACCUCUUUGCACCCCGCGAGGUCAUUGAAGAGGAGGACAUACCCGCUGGUCCUGGCUACGCAACGCGCCAGUCUGCCAAACCAGAAGAUCGUGAUCUUGGCGAGCUAUUCGUUGGUGAACAGUCUGCUGCCACUGCUCAGAGCACGGCUUCGUCCAGAAAGAGCAGCAAGGCCGGCGCUGGCAAGAAAUUCGUGGCCAACCGUAUGUUCGACGUGGAUGAUGACACUCCCGCCGACUCUCCGCAGAAGACUUCAAUCAAGACCGAGGCGAAGAGAUAUGAUCACUUCGAGUUUGGUGAUGGCGAGGAAGCUGGUGGUGCUCCACCUACGCGUUCUAUGAUCAGCCAGCAACACAACAAGAAGCAUCAGUCCCAGUGGGGUUUUGAGGAUUUUGCUACGCCACAAAAGGCCGGCAACAAGAUUCAACCGCAGCAGGAGCGCCACUUUGGCUGGAGUGAUGAUGAGGAGGAGUCUCCUGUCAAGCGCCCGGUCGUACACCAGCCUCGCGCCAAUCUAAAGGCUCAAUUUGAGUUUCAGGACGACAGCACUCCAGAAGGCAACAAGAAACCUGUGUCAAACAAGGGGAAGGUUGCCAAUGCCGGCAUGGGCUUGUACAAGGACCACAUUCUCGGGGAGGAUGAAAUCACGCCCAACGCGAAGAAGCCCCUUGAAAAUGUAACUGCUCAGUACAACAACGAGAAUCGCAGGAAGGACUUUGGUAGCCAGUUCGAGAUGAAGGAUGCCAGCCCGGCAGCAUCUCAACAGAGCACCGUGGAUCAGAGGCCCAUGGGUCAAAUGGGCCAGACCCGUAAGAACGUACUGGAAAGCGGCAUGAAUGCUGGCUGGUCUCUAUACGACGAAACUCCAAAAUCACAGAGCAAGGAGAACCAGCCUCGCAAGAUCUAUAACACUGCUGGCAAUGGCAUGGGAGGUCGUAAAGACGCACAGCAGUGGAACAUUGGCGAUGACGGUGGUGAAGCGAUGCCCAUUCGUGGCAAGCAGCAUUCACAGGCUCAGGCUAACAAGCAAACAGAGAAGAGCUUCUGGGACUUCUAGACGAUGUACGACAUGUAUGCCGAGUGAGCGAGCGAGCGAUUUUGGACACGCUUUCCUUCUCUUGUUGAAUAUUGACGGUAUCUGCACGCUGUUACGACUCGAAGCGAGCAUGACCUGAACGGUCUUCCUUACGAUAAUAGCCUUCAUUAGAAAGCCUGACGAUCAUUCUUG